UCCGGCGUGCUCUCAUCCCCAUCACAGACGGAGCAUCCCCGUCCUGCCGAGCGCUUCACACAUGCUGACAAAGCUGCGCCAGAAGCUGGGAUAUGGAUGCUCUCAGAGGAAAGGGAUAAGCCUGGACCAAGAGAAGAAACAGAGUCGAGAGAAGAGAAAGGAUUCCAUGAUCUCUGCAGGUGAUGCCGAGUUCCCACGAGAUUACCACACCCUGGCUGCCAGGGGCGGCCGUGGGGCACGGCGGUUCCAGGACAACAGCAAUGGCGGGUUCACUUCUUCCUCGCUGGACCGCCGGCACAACUCUGUGGCUGCUAAGAGCUUGGAGGCCCUGAACAGCAUGCACAAGGCGGACAUCGAACGGCAGCGAGAUGCCCUGAUGGACCUCCAGAAGAACAAGUACACUAACAGUCCGGGCAGCUUGUCACAAGGCUCCGCCGCUGUUGGCCGACAGCAACAACCAAACUACUGGAGCUUCAAGAGCCGUACGCCCCGCGUGACCCGACUCAGCCCAACUCAACCGGCUCUUGCAGACCAGAGCAGCAGGGUUUCUUUUGCCUCAGCUGAAAAUCUGGAGACCAUGUCCGAACAUGACAUUCCCAUCGGCUUUAACCGGAUGAACCGGCUUCGCCAGAGUCUUCCACUGGCUCGCUCGUCUAGCCAGGCCAAACUGCGGGCACCAGGAAUCCUCUUCCUCCAGCUCGGGGAGGAAAUUCGCAGGGUGCACCUGACCCAUGAGCUGACCAGCUUGGACACCCUGAGGGCUCUCAUUGUUCACAUGUUCCCCCAGAGGCUCACCAUGGCCAUGCUCAGGUCCCCCAACACAGCUCUACUAAUCAAGGACGAGACCCGUAACGUCUUUUAUGAGCUGGAGGACCCACGGGAUGUUCAGGACCGCUGCGUAAUUAAAAUUUACUGCAAAGAGCCCAUCUACGGCACUUACCCCGGACACCACAACCCCCACAUCGCUAACGGAGACUUGAGAAGGGAGAUGGUGCAUGCGCCCCAGGACUCUCCGUCAAACCGUCGCCUCGGUAAUCCCGCCAUGUCCUCCCAGCAUUCGUCAUCCUCUGCUUCACCUCCUCAAGGCUCACCGUCCCGUGCCCGCCUGCUCUACAGCUCCGGGAGGCCUUCAUCCUACGCGGGCCCGCCCCACCACACCCACUCCCUACCUCACCCACACUCCCAGUCCCACCACUCCUCUCCCCUCCAGCAGCCUCAGCUCCACCAGCCCCACCACCCCCAGCCGGCCUUCUGUACCUCCUCCAGCGCCAUCCUGGAGCGCAGGGAUGUGAAGCCUGAUGAUGAGGUGGGCGGUUCCAGGAGCAUGGUGCUGCUGCGAGGAGAUGGAGGUGGGAUCUACGCAGACCCAUACGCUUUGGGUCCAGACACGAGUCGGCUGAGCUUUGCAGGAGGUCCUCACUCUCCUCUGCCUGCCCGAGCUGACCCCUACGCUUCCUUAUACCGCCGCGGGGGAGGACCAGGUCCCGGAUCAGUUCGGUCGCUAACCUCCUACUCUGCUGCGGCGUUACAGGGAGAGCUAAUGGAAAGUGGAGUUCUCUACAGGCCUGGGGGGCCACUGUACAGUGAUGCCUACACUGCUUCCAUGCUGGCAAUGGGUCUGAGAGUUCCACCGCCCUCUUCUCCUCAGAAGAUACCUGAUAUGAGGGAUUCCUACGGGGGGACUAUGUCCACUCGCGGUUCUCCAGGGAGGGCGAGUUUAAGAAGGGACUCGGUUACCUCCUCUGUGUUUGGCGACAGCCCCAAAGUCCGAGGCCAGGGUCCAGGGUUGGGUCUGACAGCAGAGCAGCUCUGCAUGAUUGGUGGAGGCGAUGGAGGAGGCAGCACUGGAGGCUUUGGGUCACCGCUGAUGGGGAAUGAGACUGAGACCAGGGAGCGAAUGGAGGCAAUGGAGAAGCAGAUAGCGAGCCUGACGGGGCUGCUGCAGAGAGUACUGAGCAGAGCGCCUGAAGCUGAAAGUCCGGAGAAGCUCGAGUCGGCUAGUGACUGUUCAGGAAAUGACCCUGGACAAACUAAAAAAAAGAAAGCUCUGACACCAUCUGCUCCCCUGGCUCUGAUGCCCCCUCCAUGUUUGGGGGCCAACCAGCCCGUAGCCGUGUCCCGUAUGCAGAUGCAGGUCCACCUCCAAGGCCUGCAGCAGAACACCAAUGCCCUGCGCAAGCAGCUUUCACAGCUGCGCAACAUGCAGCUGGAGAACCAGGACUCCGUUCUGUCUCUACUGCGUCAGACUGAGUCUGAGCUGAGCCUCAUGAUGCUGGACGCCAUGCGACCCCAGGAGGACCCGCUCCAAAGACAGCGGCUCUUAGUAGAAGAGGAGCGGCUGAAGUAUUUGAACCAGGAGGAGCUUCUCAUCCAGCAGCUGCACGACCUGGAGAAAUCUGUUGAGGAGCUGCAGAGGAACUCGUCUGUCAACCACGGCCUGGUGACGGAGCAAGAGGUGGAGCAGAAGAGCAAAGAGCUGAGGAUGUUGGGAGAGACUCUCACUGAACUCAAAAACCAGUUCCCCAGCCUGCAGAGUAAGAUGCGAGUGGUGCUGAGGGUGGAGGUGGAGGCUGUUAAGUUCCUAAAAGAGGAGCCUCAACGCCUGGAAGCUCUACUGAAACGCUGCAACACCAUGACUGAUGCUCUCAGCUCACUUCGCAGACAAGUCUCAGAAGGUGUGUGGAAGACCCCUGAAGACCUUUCCAGUCAAUCCCAGAAAAGAUCAGACGACCUGAGUCGCAGCUCUGACCUGGCCAUCCUGAACAGUCCUCCUCUCAGCCUCAGUGACCUGAGCACCAGUGCCGGUCUGGCCAACUGGAUGCCCCUGUCCUCCUCUGCCAGUGAAGCUGACACCUCCGGUCCUGAGCAGGACGUCCAGUCUUCCAUGACCUUCAGAAACCGAGUCCUGGAUGAGCUGCCCAGUCGGCGCCCUGCAGACAAAGCCGUGUCUGCUGAAGUCAGACUGGCGGCUGAGCGGGACUGGGAGGAGAAACGUGCCAGUUUGACCCAGUUCAGCGCCCAGGACAUCAAUCGCCUGCUGGAAGAAACCCAGGCUGAGCUGAUGAAGGCUAUUCCAGACCUGGACUUUGCUGCCAAGCACAUAAACAAACCGGCAGUGCCCCCCAAACCUCAGAUUACCCUCCCAAUAAGCUCCACCACAGCUACGUCUUCAGCUGCCGGGUGCACUGGGACCACAGCCACCACUACGUCCAGUGGGGAGCAGCAGCCUGGCAAAGUGCAGCUCGCCGCUCAGAAGCUCAACAGCAUGGAGGGUGGCGGCUCACAUCGAGGGUCUGUGGACCUCAGUGUAGCCAGAUACAAAACAGAAAAACCGUCCAAGUCUCCUCCACCUCCUCCCCCUCGCCGAAGCUUCCCGUCGGCUCACGGCCUCACCACGAACCGCACCGGAGAGGUGAUCGUCACCAACAAGAACCAGAAGAUUGAAGAAGAUGGUGAUAUGCCAAAAACUUUGGUAAAGCUAAGAAGGACCCCCUCAGACACACCCCGGCCAGCCUCCACUCCACCUGUGAUCGCCGCCUCAGCCAUUCAGGAUGAAGAUGACGAAGAGAAGAUUCUCGCUGAGCUAGAGAAUAGCAGUAACUCGCCAGGACCAACGAAAGGUCCCACCGUCGCAGCCCGACUCAAACACCUUCAACAGGGCAGCCUGGAGAGACCAAAAACCCGCAAGCAGAAAGAGGAUUUCCCCAAACUCCAGGGCCAGCAGCAGGUAUUCCACUUCUAACCCCUCUGACGCUCCGCCUGCCUCUCCUCUCUGCUGUCACUUCAGAGGAAGCUCCGCCUCUUUGUCCCAGAAGACUCUGUGAGGGAGCACAAACUGAUUUUCACCUCCUCUUCUUGUGUGUUUUACUGUUUGGGUGGCUGGAUUUGGGCGAGCUUGUUGAAGCAUCAAGUUUUUGCCCAGUGUGUUAGAUUUUUUUUCCACUGACUAGCCUAAAUUGGGUCAGAAAAAUUCUGAUCGUUCAUCCUGUUAAAACUGCUGCCUUUAAAUAGCCAGAAGGAUACAGCUUAUUAUGCAGAAUGAUUCGAGCGAGGUUGUAUGAGUUUAAUUCAUGCAGGAAAUAAAUUCAGAAGCAGCAGAAAGAAUAAAGCAGACAUGGAAAACAAAAUGCGCAUGGAGGCACAAAAAAUAUAACAUUUUAAAAAUAAUUCUGCAUACGUAAUAUUAAAUAUUGUUUAAAAAAUACAAAACAUGAGCAUAAAUUGAUGUCCUUUCAUAUUGUUUUUGAGGCUGACUUGACUGUUUAUUUUGCUGGCUGGAAAUACCUCAUUCAAUCAUUUUCCCCUAAAAUCUUUUCCUGAAAAACAUCUUCAAUUUAGCUUUUGCCCAAGCAAAAAGGAUGCAGUUGUGAACUGAUUUUCAAUUCACAACUAAAUUGGUCACUUUUUUGUGACUCUACAGAAUUUACAAAGCAUUUGUUGCUUGUUCAAAUUUAAAUUCAGAGUUUUUUUUCUACAAAAUUCAAACCUGUUGCUCACAGACUGUAACACAAACCAAGUAUCCAGGAGUCACAAAAAAUAAUUCUGCAACAAUAAUAAACCCCUACAGGAGUACAUAAAUAUAACUUACAGCUCCAUAAUUAGUCAGAUCAUUUUAUCUCCACGUGGCUCUCACUAAAUUAGAGAAAGUUAAUUUAUUUGAGUAAAAACAAGCAGGGACAGCUCAACAAAAACAGGUCCUGCUGGGAAAUUAAUAGAGGAACAAAUGAAGAGGUCUAAAUAUUCUGGUGAACAGCUGCCCUGACACUGGACUUGAUAAAUCUCAGUGGACCAGCUGAGCAGAUGAAAUGGCACCCCACAUGGCCCCAGGGAACUGCCACACUGGACUCCAAAUUGGAUUCAAAUAAAAUGAAAAUUUCACCCAAAAAAGACUAGCAGUCUAGUCCUUCUUGGACUUUGCUUCACAAUCGAUUUAUGCUGCAAUCUUCCUGUUGCUUGUGCACUUAUUUUCUACCACACUUCUUCCUUCUAAUAAACCUUCUGCUAAUUAUGCAAAGUAAAUUUCCACAAAGUAAAUCUGUGCAACAAAUGUUGCAGACAAAAUUCAAAUUUGUUGAGAUGCUCACCAAAAACAAAACCUGGAGUUAAGACACUGUGUUGAGGAAAUAGAAUCAGUUCCCUUCCUCAGGUUUGGAUUUGUGAACGGCAGUAAAACCUCCAGAAGAAAGUGAGUCCAGCCUGAGCAGAGUUAGUGAAAAACGUACAGCUUGUUUGAAAACGUAGGCUGGAAUAUUAUUGUCUCCAUGAAUGGAUGAAUCAUAUCUGCUCCUUCAGACACAGCCGACCGCUUUCGACCGAGCUGAGAGUACCAAGCACAUCCAGCUGGCCACUCAAAGCCUUUUCAGUUGUCCUCCGUAGGUUUUCAGGCUUUAUACAUUCAGAGGAUCUCUGCACAGAAAAUGUAUUCCUGAAACAUAAAAAGCUCAGAUGUUUGUAGAGUAAAGAAACUAAAGCCUCUGUACUGUUAUAUUACAGCCUCAUAUUAAGAAGGCCAUGGCCAGUGGUUUGACAUCUGUCCAUCCUAGCAACAAAUCAAAUAUAAUAUUCCAACCACAGCUGUGGUGCAAAUGCAACACUUAAAUCAUUCCUGUACUGUCGUCUGUACAAUCGGAAUAUUAUAAUAAUAUUACAGAAGCAGUUUGGUACUGAUAAUAAAAGAUUCCAUUUUAGUUUGUAUUGUUAGUCAUAUUCAAUCAAGUACAGGUCAAAUACAGAGAAACUGCAGACAUAACCUUUACUCUUUAAUUGGAAUAGGGCAAAAACAAAAGAAUCUAAUUGUGAUGCUGAUCAAAAUAUUUUUCUGCCUUCAGAUAAAAAAAAUCCUCAAAAGCAACACUUCUCCUACACUCCCAUUCUCAUGUCUCUUGCCCUUAUUUCUCCUUCUAUUCAUCUCUUCUUUCUUAAAUUCCUCAGUCUCUUAUUUCAUUCUUCCUCUCUCUGUUUUUCCUUCCUCUACGUUUACUCUUCAUCUCCUUUAUUUUUUUUUACUUUCUCUUCUUUCCUAACGUCAUCCUUUCAGUCUCCAGUCCUUUCCUACGCAGCCUUAAUUUCCUUGCAUCCUGCCUUUUGUUCCUGUCCUUCUUCCUCUUCCUCCUCUUAUGCUGCGUCACUCAGAGGAGGAAGGGGAACAGAAUAAGGACAGAUUUUUCUGUCCUGCAGCUCUGACAGCAGCUCUGCUUCAGCUCAGCGACAGCCGAUCAUACGAGGACCGUCAUGCCGAUGCACCAAAACCUGACGUUCCCAUCGGCCAAUCAGAUUGAAUUGCAGAGCAGCGGGAAUGCAGGGAUGAAGGGUUUAAAAGAUUUAACAAAAACUUGAUGUGUCUGUUAGUAAAUUUUGAUUUUUAUGUUUUCUCCCCUUUCACUGCUUCAUGUCUCCAUUAAAUUUUUCCCUUUUUUGCUCUGAAACUUCCCCUCCUCCCUCUGCUUGCUUUUUGGGGCAGUCUUGAGCUUCUGCUGCUCACUGAUCCGGCCGAUCAUCAUCAUUUCUGCCGACGUUUCCCUUCACUGCUUUUUUCUGACAUCUUUUUUUAGUCCGUCAGCCAGCCUUUUUUUUUUUUUUUUUUACUUCUCCUCUUCGUCACUUGUUUUGCCUUUUGUCAUCCUGUCUGCUUCUCAGGUCUCUCAGGUCUCAUCUGGACUAAUUACGUGAGGACUGAGUACUCGGAUCAUUCCACUUUUGGACCUCUAAAUCCUAAUUCACACCUUGAAGGUGACUGUUGGUUAAAAUGUCACAGUUUGGAGGCAAACAGGAGCUCCUGUUGUCUGCUGAGAAAUUAAUGUACUAUGCCGAUUCAUGUGUAAAAUUUGGAAAGUGACUGCAGCAGUUCUGGACCUGCAACAUGAAGCAGUUUAACACAUCUAAUGUGUAAAUCCAUCUACUACCAUAACUAACAACCUAACACCAGAUUUAUGUCCCAGUUUUAUGCUUAAUUGAGGUCUGGCGGAUUCUCUGUAUAGGUAAUAAAUUCGUUUUUUUAGUUUUAUUCAGUGAAUUCUGCAACAAGCACAGACGUAAAAGCUGCAUGAGAUGUAAACAAAGGGUGCUGCAUUAGUGUUUCACUUCAUAUUACAGGUGGAUUUCAGUAAAUAAGAAUAUCAUUGAAAAGUACACGCAUUUCAGUCAUUCACUUCAAGAAAUCAAUAGAAAUAAACUUGAAACAUAAAACGGAUUAAAACAUUUCUGUUGUUUGAGAGUAAUGUUUUGAAAUAAAUUACUAAAAAUUAACUUUUUCUUGAUCUUCUAAUUUACUGAAAUUUACCUGCAUUUUGCCAAAUCUUGCAUUAUUAAGGUAUGAAAGUAUUAACUGGACUUGUCAAACAUAAAAGUAUUUAAAUUUAUCUAUUGCUUCAUCUCUGACAAUUCAUUAAGCUGCUUUAAAAUGGUCAUAAACAUGAAUUUUUGGAAAUGUGGGACAGACCCUUUGUGGUAUUUAUUAGUUAGGAUGGAUUUUCUGCUUUGAAAUCUCCCAUGGAUGCCAUUUAUGUUCUUAUUGUUCAGUCAUGAACACCGACCUUACCUGAAGCAAGUAAGAGCUUCAGAUGUUGUUCUGGGUUAUUUUGUGAUGUCCUUGAUGACUCGAUGCACACCCACCACUCUUGGGAAAGUUCUCCCCAUUGCUAUUCUUUCUCCACUUGUGGAUAAUGGCUCUCUGCAGUCCAAAAAGAGCUUUAGAAGUGGAAAUAUGCAACCUAGUCCAAACUGAUAGAUGUCAGAUUUUGUUACUCAUCUUUUCAAGGCUGUUUUCUUUUUAAGAUCUUUAAGCCUACUUGCUGUCAGAUGGGUUCUAAGCAUUUCUUUCCUGGUCUGGUAGUAAUCAGGCCUGGGUGUGGCUGGUGAAAUUGAAUGAAAAAUGUGAGCAAUCCCAGUGAAUUUACAGUUCAGUAAAAUAAGGAAUUAUAAUUUCACACAGGAUGGUGUUGACUGCGUUUUUCUCUUUAACAAGUGAUAUUAUUAAGCUUUUGUUAGGCAUUUUCUCAACCUAUAGAAACAAAACAUAAUUAGCAUCUUUGUAAUUAGACUAUAUCUGUAUGAUUUUUUUAAAAAAUCUAGAAUUAAAGUUUUAAAAACAAAGUAAACAAAAAUAAACAUUAGGUCAAAAAGCACUUCAAAGCACAGGCCCUCCAGAAGAUGAACGAGUCCUCUCCAUUUGCAGAAAUAAAUUUGAGCAUGUUUGCUAUAAAACUCUCUAGUUUCAAAAUUUGAAGGGGCCUGUAUGUUUAUUCAGUCAUACUUCUGCAGCUCCACAGACACCGUAGUUUGAACACUUUAGAGAGGUGGCUUCACGCUGCAAUUUUAUUUACAGUUAGCAUUUUCCUGAAAUAAGAACAAUGAAACAUUCUGCCUACAUGAUAUACUAAGCAGACCAGAUUAUGCGUAGUAGAGCAAACAUUUAACAUUUCUAAAUUAAACUGUUUGUCUAAAAGUCCUCAGUUUAUAGCAGCUGUUCACUCACAUAUGUCAUCAGAGAGCGCCACUCAGAAGUUAUUUAAUUAAAAAGCCUUCGGUUUAAAAUCCAUGGACAUUCAUGUUUAUACAUGAUAUUAAGGGUGAAACUGGGACACAGGCAUGUUAACAUGUUAGUCCUCAAUUUCAGUUUUCUUGUAAUUUGGACUGAAACAGAAACAUGACAUAUUGAGCUAAAAGACUUUUGGAUUCAAAUGAAACCAAGCCAGUUUUUCUGAAAGGAUUGGUGUUUAUACGUGAGGGAAACUGCAUUAAGAGUUUAUUGUUAACUUGUUUAUGAAAUGUAGGAGCAGAUUAGCUAAUCCAGAUUUAGAAAAGUUUAAAUCUGACCGGAAACACUUCAGAUGUAUGUAUAUUAGUAUAAAAUCAUUUAGUUUAUGUUUUAGAGAGAACAUGUAAAAAAGAAAAAAAAAAUUCAUCUAUGUUUUAUAUAAUCAAGCUUUUUUUGUAUUUUUAUACUUGAAGAGGAUUCAUAAGCAUGGAACACAUUUAUUCUGUAAAUUCUUUAUUUUUCUGCGUUAAAGACUUUAUUUUUUCUGCGAACCAUGAAACAAACCAUAAUCACACGUUGCUGUAGAGACCUGAAAACACUCCUAAUACGAACUGUAAAAUAGUGCCACCACAUUUAUUAAAAAAAGCACAUGAAACAAUCCCGUCACUGAUGAGACAUCCUGUUUGUAGCCGUUUUAUUCUAUUCUAACCAACAGUGUGUCGGAUUAUACAGAUUCAACUGUUUAUCGAUGGUUUCUUAAUGAGCGUGUGAUUGUUCAACCAUUUGUGGAUGUUCAGAUCAUGUAUAUAAACCCAAAUAAUAUAUUACAAA